AUGUCUGACAAUCCUUACAUGCAUACAGAUUGGUUUUCAGGCCAAUGCUGUGAAUGGUGCCAAACCAACACCUGGGGCUUUGAUGAGAAUGCAUUUCUUAACGCCCAGGAACUCAACUCCAUGGACAGCUUGCACCCCUGCCCCUGCCCCUGCCAUGCGAGCUUCGGCAGCCAUGCUCCUGUACAGCCAGAUCAAGGCAACUGGCAAACCAACACUGGGACCACCAUGUAUCCAGGCACCUUUCAAGCACAUCCCAACACGACCCAAGACAACAAUCAGGGCGAGCUCGCACAUGUUCCCUGUGUUGUCUGUGCUAAGAGAAUGGCAAAGUUCAAGCCCGAUGGUAAAAAGGCAAAGGAAAUGGCAGCUUGUCACUACCAGUCAAACCAAGGAACCAAGGCAUGCCGGGGUUGUAGCAAAGGUGGCCGAGGAUGCAUUUGGAUUGAAGAAGAGUCUAGACUUGGGAAACUUGCAAUGAAAGUUCACUGGGCGUAUCAACGCGUAAAGGACUACGGUGGUCACUACACACGUCAGGAUAAGGUGCUUUGCAAAUGGUUUUUGGAGGAGCUUGAAAGGAACCCUCCUCCUAAAAACGGGUCGGAGUCGAAGCGUCGUUAG